AUGUCCUUCUUCAUCCGCGGCGCCCUGCACGAGAAGGUCAUCUUGGAUCUGCAACGGAAUGACGAUCUCUUUUUGCACCCCGUUGUUGUACGUCAUGUUGGAGCGGACGGGUCCACACAGUCGGUUGCCACCAUACCGGCGGGCAGCCACCUAGCAUUUCGCGGCACGGCACGCUUGGAGCAAGACGGAGGGAGACAGGCAGAAACAGUGUCCCCUUCGGGAUGGGCAAGGAUGUCGUUCUCUGUGAGGGACGGAGAGCAACUCGGUGAAGGUGCAUUCAGCAUCAACGGCAUUGAGUAUCAUGUUGUGCAGGACUCCACCUACCGAAGAACACGAUCUCCCGGGGAGCCGGAUGUUUCGAUUGAAGCAGGCUCAGGUCCGCGCUUGGUGGCAUGGACAGAGUCUUCACAGCUGCCAUACCUCGGCCUCGAACUCAAAAAGAGACAGCAAAAUAAUGUGACGUGCCCUAUUUCCGAACUCGACUUCAACAAGGUCCAUCUCGGUCUGGCGACUGGCAACAAGGACAUGGCGAGACGCCAGAGCGGCGGUUUAAGUGGUCUGGACCUCGGCAGCCUAGUUCGAUCGCCUCCCGAUUGUCCCACGUCGCGGAAAAUUGCACUGCUUGGAAUCGCCACGGAUUGUUCCUACACAGCACAGUUCGAAUCGUCGGACCAGCUCCGCGAACAUGUGUUGUCGGUUGUGAAUACUGCGUCUGGGCUGUACGAGCGGAGCUUCAACAUGUCGUUGAGGGUACAAAACCUGACGAUAAGCGACCGAAACUGCCCGAGCAGCGGUGCUUCGAGUUCAACGCCGUGGAAUCUGGAUUGCGGUGGCCAAGUAGACAUCUCAGGUCGGCUCCAGCGCCUCACCAGCUGGAAACGCAGCACGGGACCAGACGGCAACGCAGUCUGGUCUCUGUUCAGUGCAUGUCCGUCCGGCUCAACUGUCGGCAUCGCCUGGAUCGGAACCGCAUGCAACGGAGGCGACAGCCAGUCGAGGGGAGCGCCAGGAGCCAAUGUGGUUGUUAGGACGCGAUCCGAGUGGCAGGUCCUGGCACACGAGCUCGGACACAACUUUGGAGCGGUCCAUGACUGCACGGCAGAAUGCCGCUCUGCCUCUUCGGAGCGAUGCUGCCCUCUCAGCGGGAGUGCUUGUGACGCGAAUGGGAGAUAUAUCAUGAACCCGGCGGCCUCGACCAGCAUGACAGAGUUCUCGCCAUGUACCAUUGCCACCAUCUGCACCGCAAUGCAGCGCAACCUCAUCCGCACGUCUUGUCUGUCGGACAAUGAGAAUGUGAGGACGAUUUCAAGUGGAGUGUGCGGCAACGGCGUCGUCGAGCCUGGCGAGGAGUGCGACUGCGGAGGAGAAGCGGGCUGCGGCGCAAGCAGUCGAUGUUGUAAUCCAGCAACUUGCCAGCUCGUCAACGGCGCCGCGUGCGAUCCUUCCAACGACGGCUGUUGCACGUCACAGUGCCAGGUAUCGAGCAGCGGCAGUGUUUGCAGAGCGAGUACUGGGCCGUGCGACCCGGAAGAAUCGUGCAAUGGAUCUUCAGCCUCGUGCCCGACGGAUGUCCGGCUUCCUGAUGGACAGUCGUGUGGCGACGGGAACAACGGCACCACAUGCGCCUCGGGACAAUGCACGUCGCGCAGCAUGCAAUGCAGCCUGGUGCUUUUCAACUCGACCGGCCGGUCGGCGAGUGCGUCGGCUUGUGACUUCAACAGCUGCCAAAUGAAUUGCUCUCCCACGGGGUCAGGAUCGAACUCGGAUUCGCAGUCAUGUCGGGUGACGGGGGCCGACUUCCUGGACGGCACGCCGUGUGGCGGCGCCGGGACAGCAUCUCUCUGCUACGGCGGGACGUGUCGGGCGGCGGAAAGUGGCGGCGGAGGCGGCGGAGCCAGCGAAUGGAUCAACAGAAACAGGAGCGCCUUCAUUGCCAUAGUGGUGAUUGGAGGUGUUGCGGUGGUGCUGGCGGCGUGGUGCGGUGUUGCGUGUGUCCGUCGAAGGAGAACACGAAGCCGAAGGGCGGAGGAGAGCCAGGCCAGAAUGGCAGCUCUGCGCGCGGGGGCCCCGCACAUGGAGCCAGCCAACCAAUCAGUCCAAGUCCCGCCUGCGGCUGUCUUCCCCGGGCCGCCACCUCGGCCCAUGUCUCGCCUCUCCCGCGCUCCGACGCUGACGCAUCGAUACAUUGUCACGUGUUUCAUCCUACAUAGUAAGGGUCGCCCCUGCCCACCCAGCCCUCGGGCCGACACCAGAUCCGUGGCCGUUUUGUACGGCAACUUGACCCGACUUCAUGCCUGCCCCUUGUCGCCGGCUACAGAUAGUCUCAACGUGAUUAUUUCCGACAACCAGCGAGUGAGCCGAGACAGGAACGACGACGUGGCGGCGCGGGCUGCAGGCACGGCACCGGACCAGCUCUCCGCCUCCGCCCUGUCGACACCUCGGCCUGCACCGUCUCAUGUCGACAUGGCCAACAGCGACCUCAUGGCCAUCCUGUCGGCGCGCACUUACCCUAUUCCGACUGCCCCAAACACUCUAACCAACUUUCCUGCUUGCGAUUCCCCACGGCCCUCGUCGUUCGACCUAGAUAUUGACCGUGAGACUGGAGCCAGCCUGUGUGGAGCUGAUGCCGGGGGCCUCGGCAACUUGAUGAGUCGUCAUAAUCCGCAGCCUACGUUUGUUCCAAGACACCAAUCUGCUGCAACGUCUUUUUUCAAGACCACUGCGUCAGAGAGACAACCCAGCGUUGGCCCGGAGGGAUCAAGAGAAGCCAUUGAGGACAUGAGCACCACCGUUGUCACCUUGAGCGACUCUCUUCUUCAAUCUGGUGUUCUUGCGCCUCACGCCAAUCUGAGCUGUACUCGGGAGACGUUGGAGAAAUGCUUGCGGUUGGCCAAAACCACCAAUUCCGACGAUUAA